UAUAUAUAUAUUUUUUAAUAUGACGGAUGUAAAAGUGAAAGUUGAAUUACAAAGUGAUGGGGAAGAUUAUGAAAUUGAUAUUGAAUCGGAUACAGACAAUGUUCAAAGAAAUCCCAUUGACUUGUUGAGAAACGGACCGUUCACAAAUUUCUCUAUCGAAGAAAUAUUGAAGCCUGAAUUUGGCCUGCGGAAGAGACAAAGUGUUUUUGGCCAGUCAAACAGACCUAGUCCGAAUUCUUCUCCAAAAGAACAAGAUGAAAACAAAUCUCCAGUCAAUGUCUCUACAAAAGUGCUCCCUCUUCCUGCCUGGGUCUACUGCACCAGAUAUUCCGACAGACCAUCUUCUGGUCCGAGAUCAAGGAAAAUCAAGAAACAAAAAGAGAAAUCCCCACAGGACGAUAAAAGACCCAGAACGGCAUUCUCUAAUGACCAGCUUCAGAGACUGAAGGUAGAAUUCGAGAAGUGCCAAUACCUGACAGAACAGCGCCGCCUAGAGCUCGCUAAAACAUUAAAUCUCUCUGAGGGACAAAUUAAGAUCUGGUUUCAGAACAAGCGAGCUAAAGUCAAAAAAUCUUCAGGAGGAAAGAAUAUUCUAGCGCUCCACUUGAUGGCCCAGGGCCUAUAUAACCAUUGUACAGUGCCCGUGGACGGAAUGGAAUAGUGACGCACUUCUGACGAAAUUCAGAGACCUUAAAUAUUUGUAUUGUCAUUUUUGUAAUAUAGAAAGAAUGGCAAGUUAAAAUCAAAUUUUAUGGAAAUCGAAGCAAGGCUGUGAUAAAUAUAUAAUGAAAAAGAAAUAAUUUUGUGUAAAUAGAAACCAAAUUGUAUAGAGAUUUACAUGAUAUG